CCAAGGGUACGCAUUAGUCCAGAACAUAACAGAAGCAAGGUGCCCCACUGUGAAUUCCCAACUCAUUAUGCAACUCCAGUAUAAAACACACAUGAUAACACACGGUCACGUCAGGCACCCAGAGGACGAGCAGCUCGGAGGCAGACAGACGGGCGCACCACCACCACCAUCAUCGCUUAGCGGGGAGCACAAGCGGUUAAAAACAAGGGCUGUCCUUUCCCGUUUGCACACGAAUUUGGUCAGGGAAUUUAAGAAGAGGAAUGGAUUUCAUCCUGCCACCCACUCUGCCAGCUGCUGGUAUCCCAUGGGAGAAGGUUUUGCCUCCUCUCAUUCCUCGCCUGAACGGGACUUAUGGACAAUAUAAAUGGUCCCCGAAGUUAUUAAUUCCAGACCCUGAUAACAACAGCUCUGCUGAGGUGAACUGUGAUGACAGCGGUUUCACAGUUCAAGUUGAUGUAAAGGACUUUAACCCAGAGGACCUAAUGGUCAAGGUGAUAGGAGACUUUGUGGAAGUGCAAGGAAAGCAUGAAGAGAAAAAGAAGGAUGGUCCUGGGUUUACAACACGACAGUUUAACCGCCGCUACCGAAUCCCAAAAGGAGUGAACACCAUGGCUUUGGAAUCAGCGGUCUCUCCAGAUGGCAUCCUUAUAAUAUCUGCACCGAUGCUGCAGACCGAGAACUCCAGAGUCCUGACCUGAUCACGUUAAUACCAAACACUCUGGAGCCUUUAUGAAUACACAAGCAUAAACAGAAAUAACUUCAGGCUCGUCCACUCACAGUGACAUUCGGCAUGUGCCAAAACACGCAUUUGUUCUGUUCCUGGCACUGUUCUAAUAUUCCCUGCUCUCUGAGGUUUGUAUAUACUGCCCUGCUAUUACUCAUCGAUCUUACAUAAUGUUUCAAGGAACCAGUCUUUGUAAAUAUUCUGCGUUCAUAGCUUAAAAUGCUGUUUUUUUGUGUGUGCAACUUUUGUGUAAUGCACUGUAUUGUGAUUGUGAUUAAUGAUGCACACAGUUGUGUCUCCAAACUCUUUAAUGUGGAAAUA